CUGAGCUUAUUCCCCCUCAGUGUCUCGGAGGAGGGGACAGCAGCACCAUGGCCCCCAGUAUGGCCAUCCGCCAGACUUGCUGCUGCUUCAACGUCCGCAUCGCCACCACCGCCCUGGCUAUCUACCAUGUGAUCAUGAGCGUCUUGCUUUUCAUCGAGCACUCUGUGGAGGUAGCCCAUGGCAAAGCCUCUUGCAGAUUCUCCAAGACAGGCUACCUCAGGUUUGCCGACCUGAUCUCCAGCUUCCUGCUCAUCGCCAUGCUCUUCGUCAUCAGCGUGAGCCUGCUGAUCGGUGUGGUCAAGAACCGGGAGAAGUACCUACUGCCCUUCAUGUCCCUGCAAAUCAUGGACUACCUGCUGUGCCUGUUCACCUUGCUGGGCUCCUACGUGGAGCUGCCUUCCUACCUCAAGUUUGUCUCCCGGAGUCGGGCUCAACCUUCCAAGGUCCCACUGAUGACCCUGCAGCUGCUGGACUUCUGCCUGAGCAUCCUGACCCUCUGCAGCUCCUACAUGGAAGUGCCAACUUAUCUCAACUUCAAGUCCAUGAACCACAUGAAUUAUAUCCCCAGCCAGGAGGGAAUGGCUUAUAACCAGUUCAUCAAGAUGAUGAUCAUCUUCUCCGUCGCCUUUAUUACUGUCCUCAUCCUGAAGGUCUACAUGUUCAAGUGCGUGUGGAGAUGCUACAGACUCAUCAAGUACAUGAACUCAGCUGAGGGGAAGAGCAGCUCCAAGAUGCUGGAGAAGGUGGUCCUGCCGUCCUAUGAGGAAGCUGUGUCUCUGCCUCCCAAGACUCAGGAGGCGGACUCGGAGCCUCCCCCAUACUCCGAGGUGUGACAGCGCCAGUCCCCAGCCCUGGUGCUGGGAGGUGGAACUGCCUCGAAAUCCGCUUCUUCUUUGCUUUGGUGGCCCCUGUGGCCUGGGUGAACCACCCAGCUGACUUCAGGACAGUCUGCUUGUGUACCCCUCGCUGGCCUGCUUUGCCUGUGGGGCCUGGGAGAUGCUCACAAUUGGGUCAACGCUUAAGGCUGAAUGGCUCCUCGAGUCUCUUAAAGAUUCAGUCCAAUGACACCUGGCUUAGUUUGAUCAGCUCUGGCAUUUGUUUAAACAAGUGGUCAUUCUAAAUUCAUUGCAUUUGGUUAAAUAUUUUUCAGCUUGACCAGUUUAACCAAGUGGCUGACAAAUUAAAAAAAAAACAAAACACUUGUCAGUUCAGUAAAAUAAUUUGGUCAAACUACAACAGUCCAUUGUACUGGUUUGUAAAUAGUUGUCAGUUCACACAGCACUUUAGUGGAGUAAUCAGCAAUGAGUCCUCCCCACCAAAUCCAUAUAUUUAAAUUCUUCAGAUAGCUUGCUUAAAUAAGGAUCAGGUUGGCUAACCCAGUCAAUUUAGAAUAAGGAUUAAAUUUGAUAAUUAAAAAAAAAUCAGAUUAUCCCCCAAAUCAUGAAGUUCAAUCCAAUACAAUAGCUGGUGGCCCACUCUGAUCAAUUCAGUACUUCCAAGUGGCUGAAUAAUUGUUAAUUCAAAUAAAAAUUCAGUCAGACAGUUGCCAAACCAUCAUUCGACAGCUAGUUCCAGGAAAUGACAGUAGUUUUAAUCAUCAGACAGUCCCUGUGAACACACAUUGUUUUGCGUAAGAGUUGUCACCAUUGACACGUGGUCAGAGCAGUCACACAGCAGGGGACUCUGUGAAAUGGGUCGCUUCCAACCAUGGUCAUCUCUAGCAACCAUCCGGCAGUCCAUUCCACAGCCCAGUCUGUCCAUCGCCAAUGUGGUUGGAAGUGACCCAGUUCUAUCUGAUGCUUGUGGUCAAGCAGCAAUUCAGCCCUGAAAUCAGGAGAAUCCAUUUCUUGGACUAAAUCCACAUACUAGUUCAGUUAAAAACAGGCAAACCCUUUGUGGGUCCAUGGACCUUGCCACGAGGGGCUGGUGGAGGAGCUGCAGGGAAGGUUUUGGCCCCAACCUCUUUUGCUUGCUUCCCAGAGGGCUGGGGUUCCUGAGGGAGCUGACCCACAAGUGGCGAUAGGGCCACGGAAGAGGGCUCUCUGGGGUCUUUGUGGGGUCCAGAGGGAGAGGGCUGUGCAAGAGGCUCCCCACCAGUACACGCUCACACAAUUGCUGUGUGUGACGGGGAAUAAGUUUCAAUAAAGCGGCGACAUGCUUCUCUCA